AUGAAGCUCGAUCCCAAGGCCAUCCGCUACCUGACUUCAGAAGACUUCCGUGUGCUUGCAGCAGUCGAACAAGGAAGCAAAAACCAUGAAAUUGUACCGACUCCAUUGAUCGCACAGAUUUCCGGCCUGCGAGGUGGCAGCGGUGUGAACCGCUCAAUUUCCACCCUUGCAAAGACAAACCUGAUUGCGAAAGUGAAGAACGCUAAAUACGAUGGAUAUCGACUCUCAUACGGCGGUCUUGAUUAUUUGGCCCUCAAUGCUCACCAAAAGCAAAAAUGCAUAUACUCCGUCGGCAACCAGAUUGGCGUCGGAAAAGAAUCGGACAUUAUCGUUGUUGCGAAUCAUAAGGGGACACAGCGAAUUCUGAAAAUCCAUCGACUUGGCCGUAUUUCGUUCCGAACAGUGAAGACCAACCGCGACUACCUGCGGAAUCGAAGCACGGGAUCAUGGAUGUAUAUGUCGCGUUUGGCCGCGAUGAAGGAAUACGCCUUCAUGAAAGCAUUGGGGGAGAACGGGUUUUCAGUACCGGAGCCUAUUGCCCAGAACAGACACACGAUCGUGAUGAGUUUAAUCGAUGCCUUUCCGCUGCGGCAAAUCUCGAAGGUUCCCGAUCCGGCUCUAUUAUAUUCUGAAUUAAUGGAUAUGAUUCUGCGAUUGGCUCGUUAUGGAUUGAUUCACGGAGAUUUCAACGAAUUCAACAUUCUAAUCAAGGAGGUCGAGGAUCCGGAAGCAAAAGGGAAGGGGAAGGCGCGCGAUGAGCAAAGCGAGGAAGACGACGAAAACCUCAAACUAAUCCCGGUAUUGAUCGAUUUUCCGCAGAUGGUAUCCAUUGACCAUGCCAAUGCUGAAAUGUAUUUCGAUCGCGACGUGAACUGCAUCAAGCGAUACUUUCAACGGAAGUUCCACUUCGUGAGCGAUGUACCAGGGCCAUUCUUCUCUGAGGCGAAGAAACAGUUGUUAAAAAACCCUGCCAAGAGACUUGAUGUUGAAGUGGAGGCUUCUGGAUUCUCACGAAAAAUGGCGCGCGAACUUGAAAAAUACAUGAAGGAAGUUGGUGCUGACGGAGACAAUAAGGAAGACGAUGAAGGCGCCGAGAGCGAGGAGGAAGAUUCAGAGGGAUCAGAGUCGGAGAAUGACAACACUGGAAAUCAAAGCGACACAGAAGACAAAAAGGACGUAAUAGUCUCCGAGGAUUCACAACGCGAUGGCCUGGAUGAGAGUUCUCAAAAAAUGAAGGAGUUGCAUGUGUCGUGA